GCGGACGCUGAGGCCAUGGCGGCGCUCGGAAGGGUCUCCCGGCUGCUGCUCGGCGCCGCCGCCCCGCGCUCCCUGCCGGGGCGGAGCAUGUCGGCCGUGGCUCACGAGGGCGGCGGAGCCCGCCUGUGGAAGCUCUUGACCUUCAUCGUGGCUCUGCCCGGGGUUGGCGUUUGCAUGCUGAACUGCUACUUGAAAGGAAAGCAUGAGCACGAGAGACCCGAGUUUGUCCCUUACGCUCACCUCCGGAUCAGGACCAAGCCUUUCCCCUGGGGUGACGGGAACAAAACUCUAUUCCACAACCCCCAUGUUAAUGCUCUCCCAACCGGUUAUGAAGAUGAAAACUAAGAUCCUGACCACAGCCAGAACUUUGGCUCUUCCCGUCUUGGACCAGAAUGUUGUGUGGGAACCAUCAUUUAGGGAACCAUCGUUUAAGAAACUCCACAUUCCUUCUACGACGAAACUGAAUGGCCUUGUGGCCUCUGUCUGUACUUCUGUAGAGGUCCUUCAAAUAAACAACUCUGAA